AGUGUGAGAACAGUCAGACAUCAGAUAGACAGCCAAUUGUUAAGGACAGAAAGUACACAGCAUAUGGUAGUGUCCAUCUCUCAGAGUGUCUGAAACAAUCUCAGGAGCUCAGACAGGACUAAGGGUCGGAGAUGUCGUCAUCACCAGGCAAUCUGAACAUGUCAAUAAUCAGGAAGAUAAAGCAACUUUCCUUGGUGAGCUGGAUGGAGAGUGUUGACAGAAAAGUCACAAAUAGGUUUUAAAGCAUCUGUACAGCAGAUCUGUAAUAUUAUGUCUGAUGAGCUUAUUUGUAUUAAUUGUAUCAGAGACAAUAUUUGAUUCAUGAUGUAUGUGAUGAUUGUUAGUCAGAUCUAGAGUCAUAGUGUGUGAGACUGCUAUAGAUUAAAUCAGGGAGGAAGAAGACUUAUUCAUGAAAUGGAAAUUCCCAUCAAAUUCACACUCCUCUCCCUUACUGUGUUGAGCUAUGUGAAGUGUAAGGAUAUCACAGUGACAGGAUAUGAGGGAGGAAAUGCUGUCAUCGACUGCCCAUCUCAGGAGGGUUUUGAAUCAAACAUAAAGUAUCUACUGAAAGGAGAGUUUAAAGAUGGUGUUGAAGUCAUCCAGUCCACAGGUCGGAACAUAUGGACCCACAAAGAGAGAGUAUCUUUGCAGGACAAGAGGGACAGACACAUCUUCACUGUGACCAUCCGUAAACUGACCCCAGAGGAUGCUGGGAUAUAUGGAUGUGGAGUUAAGAGAUGGAAGGAAGAUCUUUAUACCAGAGUAAAGCUCACAGUUGUUAGAAAACCCAACAAUCCAACAGCUGCCAUUCCCAAAGUCACUGCAGAGGACACUGUUGCUCUCCCCAGCACACUAGUGUCCACCCAUAACACAACAACCAGAUGGCUGUCCAACAUCACAGAGUCUGAGAGGACCAAACAUUUUCAGUCUGAUCCCACAUCAGCUGCAUCAGGCGGUCAUCUAGCUUAUCUCUCUGGGGGUCUUGUUGUUGCCGUGGUGAUAAUUGCUCUGCUGGUAGUGACUGUUAGGCUGAUCCAGAGAAGGGCUGAGAAAAACAGAGCAUUACCCACACCUCUAUCUGGAAACACCAGACCAGACUCGUGUGUGUACUCAGAAAUACAACCCCUUCAUGCCUCUGAUGGACCCAACCAGAGUGAUCAACAGAACAGUCCAGCACUGACAUCCGUCUACACCUUGGCAACACAUCCAGCUCCUGCUCAACACCAUGUCAGUGCUAAAGCAGCCAAUAAGCUCCCUCAACCCCCCAACUCUGACAAGCAAGCAGCCAAUCAUCUUCCUCAACCCACCACUGGUGGUGAUGACAUUUAUUACCUGGCAACCAAUCAGCACUGUGAGUCUGGCCCUGCAACUGCCAUCACUGGCAGUGAUGACAUCUAUUCUCUAGCAACAAACCCAACACCGUUUCUGCAGACAGGUGCAUCUGCAUCCUUAGCAACCAAUCAUAAGCUUCAGUUUGACCCUGCCAACUACUCCAGCAUCACCUUGGCCAAAGAGAAUCCAGAUGGUUCUGAAUAUGAAACAGUUGUCUUCAGUGAUGAGCCAAUUGCCUCUGAUUCUGCCUCAGUCAGUUUCUCCAAAUGUGGCCCCUUUCCCAAGCUAGAAAUGGGUGGAGAUCUUAGCCAAUAGCAAGUGGUAAUAGACAUUUUAAUUUUUACCUGUUUCACUGGAAUUAGUUAAUCAAAUUUUCAUCAAGAUAUGAAACCAGUUGGUUAAUGGAACAGAAAUGCAGCAUAUGUUGUUGUUACAUUUAUGUAAAUACAAUGUUUUUUUGGUUUUUUUUCCAGAGUUUACUGCACUUUACUUCAAAUUCAUCAUAUUUGAUUUGUUAGAAAGAUUCUCGGGACUCAGUCACCACAUAAAUGACGUUCUAAAACAAUGUAUUGAAACAUCUGUGUUUCAAAUGCUCAGCACAGUGUCAAGGUGUCUGUAUGGCCUUCUCAGUUCCACCUGCGGUUUCCCAAUAACACCAACAGGGUGCAGUGUUUUUGACUAGUUCUUCACAAAUGAGGAAAUCUGUUCAUAAUAGGUUCAAGUGUAUUUUUUAGGUAAAAUGAUAAUUAUCGUAGUUCUAAUGCUGAACUGGAUGGAGUUUUCGACAGCAGUAUGUGUGUUUUACACUGUGUUUAAAGGGAAACUAUGCAGGUUUGGCGAUUUCUUCGCUGGUUUCGCUUUCGCUUUUCGUUUUUGCUGGUUUUACGCUUGCAGGUAUGUCUGCAGAGCUUCCCCUACAGCUUUAGAAUGUAUGUUUUACAACACUCCUCAAUCGGUGAGUGUGCCUUUUCAUGAGCAUGAUCACAAGGCUGGAGACUUUCUGUGUGUCAGUGCCACCAACUCAAACUGCAGACUCAAACUUGCAACUGUGGUUUUCCUACUGAGAGGUGCUAGGGGGAAGCAAGACAGCUGUCAUUCAGCCCAUAAUAAGUCAAAUAACCAUUCCAAUGACUCUGAAGCUGAUCAGUUAAGGCAAAUUAAGCUAAUAAACUCGCAUAGUUCAGCUUUAAGUAUUUUUCCUUCACCAUUAAACAAAAUAAAACUAUAUUUUGCUCUA